AUGCCAGAAGCAGGAGAUGUAUCGGUUCUGGCCCCUCUCCAUCACACCACAUCUGGACUGGGAAACAGCUGGAAUGCUCGGCGACACCUGAAGCUCAAUUUGAACAUUUCCCAGUGCCACCAUGGAGGAGGUGCCUCCUACAACGCGGCUAAUUUAGGCGGCCGUCUAGUCACCUCUCCGGGUAGGCCUCCCAGACUUGGCAUUGCUGUUGAAGACGCUCAUAUGAACUCGAAAAAAUCCAAACUCGAAAUAUGCUCAUCUCCGUGCGGAAAUAGAAUCAUCUACACUGACGUUGCCCAUUACCAACAGACUUUCUCCUCGUCGAAAUCGUCGUCAUAUUCCGUUUCCUGCAGCACUAAUGCUUCCACUUCAGCGUCUGCGCAGCAGAAGACCACCCCAGCCUCCUCCCCUACGACGGCAUUUAUCAACAGGAUAUCACCCUUGGCCAGCCCUGUGGUUUCCAACUGCGGGUUUGGCAUCGCCUGUAGCGCCAUCUCUUGCUCACCGCCGUCGUUUGCCUCCUGGCCCAAAGCGAAAUUAAAAUACAUGAGCUCUGAGGAACUGGCGUCAGCCGUCAGCAGAUCCAAACCCGUUCUCAUCAUAGACAUCCGCUCGCCACAAUCAUACCGUCGCAACCACAUCCAAGGAGCAGUUAAUUUAUCAUGCGUGGAUAACUUACAAAGACGGCGGAUUCAGAUGGGAAAGAGCUCCGUUUUUGACAUUCUGGGCAUGAAGGAUGCUAGUUCACAGACAUCGUCCUCGCCGUUUUCCAAAAGAAAAUCAGUGACCGGCAGCAGUAUGGAUAUAGUUGUCUACGACGACCACACGACAGUUCAGGACCUCACUGAGCCAGCACAGGAUGCGGCUUUGAGCAGUGUGCUGACCUCUUUGUUGAGAGAUGGGAAGGAUGUUCACGUUCUCAGUGGCGGAUUCAAAAGUUUCAGCAUCAACCAUGAAGCCUUGUGUCGGUGUAGCAGUAAAGCCAUCGAGGUUCACAAGCCCCUUCUCUAUAGUCCAACCAAUGGCGUCCAGGAACCGGAAAUAGAGGCUGCAACAGCUUCGCAGAUACUUCCGUUCCUGUAUCUCGGUAAUGAAAGGGAUGCCAGAGACCUCGCCCAGCUAAGGAGCUUAAACAUAAGCUAUAUUCUGAACGUCACCUCUCAUGUGCCCCAGUACUACGAUGAGCAAGGCAUUCGCUACAAGAGAAUUCCCGCCUCAGACAGCGGCCAGCAGAACCUCAAGCAGUACUUCGAGGAGGCCAUUGAGUUUAUCGAUGACGCUCGUCAGAACAACGCCAAAGUGCUGAUCCAUUGCCACGCCGGGGUGUCUCGAUCUGCCACCAUCACCAUCGCCUACUUGCUCAAACACACCAGAAUGGCCAUGGCCGACGCCUACAAGUUCGUCAAGGGAAAGCGACCAAUCAUCUCCCCAAAUUUCAACUUCAUGGGCCAGCUGCUGGAGUUUGAGCAGGAUCUCAACGAAGGCGUGUCCUUGCGAAUCCUGCACCCACGUUUGCAUGGAAUCGAGAGUAGUGUCUGA